CUCUUUCUCUUUCUCUUUCUCUUUCUUCCUCACAACGCUUUCUCUCUCUUCCUCUCUAUUCACUCUCAUUCAUUCAUUCUUUUCUUUUCUUUUCUUUCAUUUUCUUUUCUUUGUUGCUGUGCGUGACGAAACGAAACGAUGAACGGGUCUCUCGCUCAGCGUGCGGCACAGGGCGUGUUUACCAUAUUCAGCAAUGCUUCUUCUUCUCAUUCUCAGUCUCCGUUUCCCGCAUUCUUCGUUCCUAGGGUUUCUUCCUUCUCUUCAAAGCCUCCUCCUCCUCCUUCCUCUUCUUCUUCAUCCGUUUACUAUACUUCCUGUUCUUGCUAUUGCGCCUCUUCUCUCUACUCUUUCAAGCCUAAGAUUAAGGCACAAGACUAUCUUGCCUCUCCUCCCAAAAUGGCAGCUGUCUCUACCCGCACUUUCCUCAACGCUCGCUCUGAACAAGAGCUUCUUUCUGGAAUCAAGAAGGAAGCACAAUCAGGAAAUCUGCCUGCUCAUGUUGCUGCAGGCAUGGAAGAAGUGUACAAAAACUAUAAAAGUGCAGUAGUCAAAAGUGGAAAUCCCAAGGCAGACGAGAUUGUUUUGUCAAAUAUGUCUGCUUUUCUAGAUCGCAUAGCUUUGGAUGUGUCGAAAUUCUUAUGUUGGCAACAUGCCCCUUUUCACUGAAAUGGAAGAAAGACUUAAGAAGGGACACAAUAUCAUCUUGAUGUCAAAUCACCAGACUGAAGCAGAUCCUGCUGUUAUUGCACUGCUAAUUGAAAAAAAGGCCCCACAUCUUGCUGAAAACAUGAUCUAUGUAGCAGGAGAUAGAGUUGUUACUGAUCCUUUGUGCAAGCCCUUCAGUAUUGGCAGGAAUCUGAUUUGUGUAUACUCUAAAAAGCACAUGCUUGACGACCCCUCACAAAUAGAGAUGAAAAAAAAAGCAAAUACACGGAGUUUGAAGGAGAUGGCUGUGCUUUUAAGGGGUGGAUCUCAGCUAAUCUGGAUUGCCCCAAGUGGUGGUAGGGAUCGAACAGAUCCAAAAACUGGAGAAUUUGUACCAGCACCCUUUGAUCCUGCUUCAGUAGACAAUAUGCGAAGACUUGUUGAGAAUUCUGGUCCACCAGGUCAUAUAUAUCCUAUGGCAUUACUGUGCUAUGAUAUAAUGCCCCCUCCAGCAACGGUGGAAAAAAAGAUUGGGGAGAAAAGAAUUAUAUCUUUUCAUGGGACUGCCUUAUCUGUGACUCCACCAAUAAGCUUUUCUGGUGGAAAACCUGAACAGGCCAAGGAUGACUAUACAAAAGUUCUGUAUGAUUCCGUGACUGAGCAAUAUACUGUGCUGAAAGCUGCGGUACAUGGCAAAAAAGGGUUACAAGCGUCAACUCCUAAAGUCUCGUUGUCACAGCCGUGGAACUAGUUCAAAUCUGAAUGUUCUUCAUUAUAUUUUUCUCUGAUAAUCAGGUCGAAAUGUUUUUUUCCCCUUAUAAGACGCUUUCAAGCAAUUUUAUCCGAGUCUCACCAGAGUGCAGAGGGAAUUGCUCGUUGCUUGCUGCCUUCACCCAAUGAAUGAUUAGCUAUUUAGCUGGAUGGAAGUUUGCAGGCACCUUUUUCUUAAACAAAUUCAGCCACUUUACUGUACAGGUCCCUCUUAGUUCCGGUCCCAUUGACUGAUCAUCAAGAUUACUACAUUUGAAUAUUAUUUUGUUACUCACAA